AAAAUGAAUCAUGGCAUAGUUUAUAAUUAUGUAUUUGCAUCCUUUUGAUUUUAUUUAAAUAAUAAUAUUUUCAAAAUGUAUGUAGUCAAAUUGCUUAGAAUCCAUGUAAAUUGGUUCAUUCUGAAAACUAUUCGAUUUAAUCAGUUAACAAUUAUGAAUAUGGUUUAAAUAUAUCUAGCUGUGGAACGAGCCAGAUCCUAUAAGUUAUAUUUUAUGAGAUUGGUUUGCAUAUAAUUUAUGGGCAAUGGAAUUGUUUAGAGGCGGAAAUUAUCCAUACUCCAGUCGGUAGGGAGCGGUACUGCACAUACACAUGUCUAUGGCAAUGCACAUGAAAAAAAAAAAAAAGCAGCAACCCGCGCGCGGCAGAGGCAGUUGAAAAAACACCGUUCUCCUCGCCAUCUUACAUCGGAUCAUCUUCUUGGAUCAACCUGAUUGCAAGGCAAGUUACAUAUGUAUUCAUCGUAUAAAAGUUGACUGCUUUCAAUAUAUAUGUGUGUUAUUACUGCUGUUGAUAUCGUAUUAAACUGUAUCAAUGCACUGACUAUCAAUUUGCAUUUAUUCCACUUAUGUUAGCUAACUAACUUGCACAUGGUUCUUAUAAAAGCUAACUUUAUCUACUUUCCCCUUAAGCUACUUUUUUCAGCUAGACAGUAUAAUUAAAAGUAACUGGGAUGCGUAUUUAUUUUUGGUUUAACGUUAUAUUAAUUUCCGUAUUUUCUGACCUGAAUAACAUAACUUAGAACUUUGGCCACGUGCAUAGCUUAAGUUAAAUCCGAGAGGAAAAAAUGGUUUUAGGUGUUAACUGUUUAAAGAUUAAAAUAGCGAUGUGUCAUUAAACGAUUACUAAACCAACUGCAAUUUUAAAUGUAUUUAAAUCGUACAUGGAUAACUUCCAACAGUUGCCAGUUGGUCGGGUGUUCUAUGUGAACCAUGGUUUUACCCCGUCUGUGUCUUUUGCUGUUGGUCUGCUCUUGUUCUGUGGUUUAACGUUUGACGGCAAAUAAAGACAGUUAUAAACUACUGCAAUUAGUAAAUGACAGUACUAUUCUAAUAAUUCUCUAAAAAUAUAAUGCUGGCUUUGUAAUUUCAUAAUCAAAAGUAUGCUUUUGUUUCUAACUAAAACCAUUUUUUUUCCUUUUCAGAUACAUCAAGCAUCUUUUCUUACAUCUAAAUGGUGGGACAACCUCCUAGACCUUAUAUGUGAAUGUGGCCAUGCAAAGUGUGUGACAUUUCAUUAUCUACCCGGUAUGAAUUGCUAAAACAUUUUAGGCUGAAACAUUUCCACUAUGGUCGCAAUUGCCGAUAUCCCUGUCUAUAUGCAGAUUGCCCAUGUACAUUCACAAGUUGGAAGAAUCUUUUGAGUCACACAUAUCAAACACACAGGAAGUUAACAGCAGCAAAUGUUCAGUUAACUACAUUCUUUUGUCAGACGUGUGCAUGUAAGGAAAUUUUAACUGAAAAGGAAUACUUUGCUCAUGUAAAUCAACAUCUUAGGCAGUAUGAAAACGUAACUUGUAUGUUUGAAGGAUGUACGUUUGAGACAAACAUAUAUGGAACAUUUCACUCGCAUAAAAAUCGUAAACAUAAUCCCUACACUCUAAACGAUUUUAAGGCAGGUGUUGUUAAACUCGCUGCUCAGUCAGACGAAUCUGGUAGUACUGUAGAUGAUAGCCCCUCAUCUUCUGCGGACAUAGAUUUUGUACCUCCGUUAGAUGCAGAUAGUGAUAUAGAUACUUCAGAUGACCUGCCGAAAUUAGUAGAACAAAAAAUAGCUGCAGUUUUUCUGAAGUUGGAAAACAUUUUUCAUGUGCCAUCUACAGCUAUUGAUGAACUACUUGAUGAACUACACUUCCUCUUAAGUACUGUGUCUGUGCCUGUAACUUGUAGCAGUCUUUCAGAUUUUUUCAAAAACAAAAACCUUGAAGUUGAUAGCUUAAUUAUUAAGGAACUAGCUGAUGUACUGUGUAAAUCUAACCCUUUAGUAAAAUCAAUAGGGAAAGAUGGUCCCCUUUCUACAACUUAUAAGAGAAAAGAGUACUAUAAGGAUUUGUUAAAUAUUGUUGAGCCAGUGGAGUUUAUUCUGGACCAAAAAAAGAGCAGGACAUUUCAGUAUAUCCCAUUACUGCAGUCUUUACAGCAGCUACUUGAUUGUACUGCAGUGUUAAAAGGUAUUAUCAGUAGCCACAGAACACAGGAAAGUACAGACCAGUUAGAUAAUCAGCAGUAUCGCUCUAUAAGAGACGGUUUGUAUUUUAAGGACAACACUUUCCUGUCAGGUGAUGAGUUGCGAAUUUGUUUAACUUUGUACAUCGAUGAUUUUGAGCUAUGUAAUCCCCUGGGUACAUCGCGAAAAAAACACAAAUUGUGUAGUGUGUACUGGAUUCUGAAUAACUUGCCACCAGGCUCUCAUUCAGCACUGUCUUCCAUUUAUUUAACGGUUUAAAAAGAAAUAAAUAAUUAAAGUAGUGCAAUUAACCUUGGUGUGUUAAGUAAAGAAUGAAAGUACUUUAUUUUUUGUUGAGGUUGCACACAACACAGUAUCAGAGAGCACAGACUGUCUUGCUAGCUCCUCUUUUUGCUGCCUUUUGUGCUUGUUAUUUCUAAAAUAAAAAUGUGAAAUGAAGUGACCCUCUGGCCAUUCUUUUUUGUGUUGUAUAUUGUGAUUGGGGAGGGGAAAUGGUGAUGAAUAAGUAAAU